AUGCCUACAUUAAAAUCUAUUCGUGGUCCAAAAAUAUCAACAGAUAAAGUAUCAAUUAUUAAUGAUUUCAAUACAAGAAAGAAAAUUAAAAGAUUAUUAGUUACAAUUAAAUUGCCAUCAGAAGUUCUUAAAAAUUUGGAUAUACCUAAUGAAUCAUCAGAUAAACCUAAUGGAUCAACACUAAAUAAGAAUCAACCAGAUAAAAAACGGAGAAAAUCAUCUAUAUCCUCAACUUCAAGUAAAUCGAAACUGAAAGAAACCAGUGUGAAUUCAAAGAAUGUACAACCUGAAAAUAAUCAAGUUCCACUAUCAUCAACUACUAAAACAAAAUCAAAGGAGGUGAGUCCAAAUACCAAGGAAUCAAACCUUGAAAAUAAUAAUGAAAAUCAUAAUAAUUCAUCAUCAUUGUCUAAUAAACAUCCACAUACUGUUAGAAGUAAAUCAAUAGCAUUCACAGAUGAACUACGAAAAAUAGAUGAGGAAUUGAUUAAAGCAUUAGAAGAAUCAACGAAUCAAUCACAAUCUGAAAUGGAUCAACCACAAAUCAAAAUAACUCAUCCACAACACAAUAUAAAUCCACCACAACCCAAGAAAAAUCAUUCACAAAUAUCAAGUGAUACUACAGUUACAAAUCAAUCUACUACAACUCAGCCAAACUCAGAUCAAUCAAAUCAAGAAUAUAAAUCACUACCUCCAAAUGUAUUAUCAAUACUAGAAGAAGAAAUGAAACAUACUCAAAUAGAUGAUGAAGAAGAAGAAGAUGUUCCACUAUUAAUUGAUAAAAUAAUUUUUUCAUUAAAAGAUCCUUUAGGAGGGAGUCGAAUCAAAUUACCAAUAAAAUCAUUAUAUUGUAAACAUUUUGAUUGUUUUGAUUAUGAAAAUUUUUGUCUUUUUAAUAAAUUACCAGAAAUUAUUAAAAAUUUAACUAAGAAGACAUUAAUUCAACAAAAUUAUGAAAAAUUAUCAAGAAAUGGCAAUAAUCAACAACAAUUUCAACAACAAACUCAACAACACCAACACCACCAAUUUAAAAAUUCAAAUCAAUAUCAACAACAUAUUAAACAAAAUGCUAAUCAAAUUAAAAAACAUCAACAAGAAAUGAUACAACAACGAUUUCAACAACAAUACCAACACAAUCAAAUACAACAUCAACAUCAUCAUGAUAUUCAUAGAUCUAAUCAACAUCAACAACAAUUACCUUUCCAACCAGAAAAUCCAAUCCCAUCUCAUACCCCAAUAAUCUCAACUAAUCAAUCAUACCCAACCCCAAAUCCAAAAAGACAAGUUGUAAUUCCACAGUUAAGAUUAGCACCUUAUGUUCAAGUAUUAAAUAAUGAUGGAUUUGCCAACCCACAAAAUCAACCAAUUUCACGUCCUCCACCACAAAAUCAAUAUAAUCCAUAUAAUAAUCAUAUUCAGCAAAUCCCCAUAGAAAAAUAUAAAUCAAAUUUUAUAACACCACCAUAUCAAUCAGUUCCCAACUACAAAUGCCCCAUAUGUGAUGUUAAAUUCCCACUAAGUGCUUUAAUAAUUAGUGAAACUUUUAAUUUUUUCGUCCAAAGAACAUCACGACAAGUUGAUAAAAUCGAAUUAAUAGGUCUUAAACGAUAUAGAACAAUAGAUUCAUCAACAACAUUUUCCAAAACAAAAUCUCCAUCAAGAGAUCAAGAUAAUGUGAUUUCAUUAAGUUCAGAUGAUGAAGAAGAACCCAUUGAAAAAUCUCAACAUGAAAAAAUGCAAUUGGGGAAUAUUAUAAAUAAUAAUAAUCAUAAUAACCAAAAUCAAAUUUCAAAAAGAAAUUUACUGAUUUGGAAACAUCAUCAUUUUAAUGAUUAUAAUGAUUUUAGAAAUGAGAAUGAGAAUGGUGAUGGGACUAGUUGGGAUGAUCCUGUAGUUUUAGAUUAA